GUAUCAGCUCCCUUGUCUUCCCUCUUCCACCCCAUCUCAUCUGUCUCUCUCUCUCUCUCUCUCUCUCUUGCUUUGACCAGUCUUGUUCCCUCAUCCUUGUCCUCUCUCUCUCUCUCUCUCUCACAUCAAGAACUGCAUUGCAGCAGAGGGAAGUGAGAACUCAAGAACACCCACAGGGAAGAAGCUGCAGGCGACCCAAAUGCGUGAUCGAAGCGGCUGAGGUAGACAAGUGAAGCAGAGAUGGAGAAUCUCAAAGCAGCGGCGGCGGACGUGGGCGCCGACGGCAUGCACUGCGCUUUCCACCCUUACCACGCCGGGGGCGGCGGCGGCGGAGGAAUCUGCGCCUUCUGCCUCCAGGAGAAGCUCGGCGAGCUCGUCUCCUCUUCCCAGUCCUUCCCGAGCCACCGCGACUCGUCCCCGUCGCCUUCUCCUUCCUUCAGAUCCAACGACGUCGGCCCUUCGGCGCUGCCGUUCGCGUCUUCCUCGAUGCCCCGCCAAGCCCACGGCGCGCACCACGCCAAGCACUCGAAGGUCGCUUCCUUUCUGGCCAAGAAGAAGAAGAAAGAGGCGGUGGCGGAGGAGGGGAAGGAGGAGGAGGCGCCGAGCGCGGUGUUCCAGAGGAGCAGGUCCAUCGCCUUCUCUGCUGCCACUCCUCAAAGUUGCCAUUUUUACGACGGUGGGCAUGUUUAUAGCCCCAGGAAGAGAGGUGGGUUCUGGUCUUUCAUCUCUCUCUCCUCCUCUUCAAGGCCGCACAAUGCGAGAGACAGAGACUCAGGGCAUUCUCUGUCCAGGACAGGACAAGUCGUGGUCGAAGAGGAUAAUGUUGCUGUCGUCGCUGCCAACAGUGGCGUCUCUGCUUCCUCUUACGAGAACAAUAACAAGGUCUCGAGAUCCAGAUCUGUGGGGUGCGGGAGCAGGAGCUUCUCGGGGGACUUCUUUGAGAGGAUCUCGACUGGGUUCAUCGGGGACUGCACGGCUCUGAGGAGGGUGGAGUCUCACAGAGAAGGCAAGCCACCCAGAGCCUCCACCUCCACCGCCACCUCUGAGGCUCAUCAUCAUCAUCAUCCUCAUUAUCCUCAUCAGUGCAUGAAGGAGAGGGUCAGGUGUGGCGGGAUCUUCGGCGGGUUUGCGAUUGCCAACGCCGCCAACUCAUCCUCCUCCAUCUCAUCAUCCUCGGCAUCUUCCUCGUCCUACUGGGUCCCUUCAUCCUCCAAUUCAGCUGAAGACAAUGUCAAUCACAUCGGCGCGUCAUCAAAGCCAGCAGUUUAUCCCCACCAUCAUGGCAGGAGCAGGAGUUGGGGCUGGGCUCUCGCGAGCCCCAUGAGAGCUUUCGGCAGGCCUUCUUCUUCAGGGAAGAGAAAUGCUGGUGCUGCCGUCAAGCCAGCUUCAGGCAUGAACGGAGCUUCCAUACUAGCUGUCGGAGGCUGAGAGAGAAGGGGUGCUUGUUAGUCCCAGUCUGGUGUCUUAUACAUAAAUCAGUCAUUUUACAGUGCUUGUUGAUAAGGUCUCUGUCUCAUUAGUUUCAGCUUGCAUCACAAUGUAGCACUUGAUCCCCACUUCUUCUCUGAGCUCAUUUAUGUUUCUUUCUUAUUCAGUGAAAUGCUUAUAUGUGUUGGUUUUGAGAGUGACCCAUCUGCCACCUCUCUCUCUCUCACUCCCUCUGUGUGUCGUCUUUCUGGGGAGGGAGAGAGAGCAUCCAAGAGUCCCCAUGUGAUUGUUCAAUUGUCUAUCUUACUUGAUUUUUGUA